AUGAAGAUAUUCUCCACACUCUUAUCGCAAAAACCUAAAGGCAAACUGGUAAUUCGACCAUCAACCACUAUACAUAGUAGUGAUCCCUUUUCAAAAUUUAUAGUGACGAAGAAUACCGAGCCUCUUUCUCUUGGUGACCUUCGAAAAAGCGAUUCAGGAAAUUCAGCUGUGUGCUUAAAUGCUGAAAAUACUAUAUUAAGUACGCUAACUGAUUUACAAAAAGAAGAAGAAAGAAACUGGGAUCCAGUGAAAUUUGUUGCUGGUAAACUUCGAGGUGUAAUUUCACCCAUCCAAGCCUAUGUGACGAUUGGAAAAAAAUUUUCCCCUAACUCAUUGGUAUACACUAGUAGAUUCUUUCAACUUCAUUACUUCCCUGAAGACCAUUUUAUGUCUUGUUUUAGAAAAAGUAAACCAGCAAUAACGGUAAAAUCCAAUAAGAAGUUUUAUUUAAAUGGGAAGGUUUUCAACAAGGACAAAGAAUAUUUCAAUGAAACUAGGAUAUCAAAAGCUAAUGAAGUCGAACUAAGCAAAAUUCAAACAGCGAUGACACGGCUUACAAAUAGACAUAGAAACAGUAUUCCCUCUGAAUUUGCGUACUUGAGACGAGAUUUAAAAUUAAAGGUGAAAACAACGUUUAUCAAGGAGUGGUGUAAACUAAAUGGUGAUAAGGCCAUUCGAGAGUACGUUAAUCUUAACAGAUCUCCAAAUAUUAAUCCUGCUAGCAUGAAGGGCAAGCCAAAGAAAAGUUUUUUAGAUAACCUUGGUAGAAGUACUGUGGGAACCGCAAAGGACGGCUAUUAUUUAUACAUUGUUAGCAUAUUUCCUGAUAAAGAUAUGUUAGGAGAAUUUAAUGACGAGGUCAAUAGAAGCGUUCAAAAGGUUGCCAAUUUGGAUUGGGAUGGGUUCUUGACCCCAAAAAAAGGCACGAAAGGCAAAAAUUGGGUAGAAUCGUUCAAUGACAGUAUAAACGUUCAAACAAUUAACAAGAUACUCGAGAUCAACAAGUUUCCAUUUGAAUUAAGAAGAGAACAAACAGAAGGCUGA